AUGUUGUUUCUCUCCCUGUUCUUCUCCUUGUUCUUCCUGCCCUCCGCCGUCUUCGCGGCCUGGGGCUGGACUGACAACGGCAGCGAAUAUGUGAUCGACUCCGGCUCCGACCUGGUUAUCAAGGUCACCAAGUGCUGCGGUGACAUCUCCUCGCUCAACUACAAGGGCGUCGAGUACAACGGCUGGGGCGGCAAGAACUCUCACGUCGAGUCUGGGUUGGGUACCAGCACGGUCAGCAUUACCACUUACUCCAACGUGAUUAAGGUCUCCGUCGUCCACGGUACUCUGAAGCAUUGGAUCUUUGUCCGCUACGGCAACAACAAUGUCUACCUCUUCACCAACAAGGCGGACGACUCUGUGUCCGCCAUGCGUUACAUUGUUAGAAUCAAGGGCGGAAUCUUCAGCCAUGCCUCGACCGAGAGCGACUUCUACGAUGCCGAUAGCACCAUCAUCGAAGCCCAAGACAUCAAUGUGAACAGCGCGGGUCUGACCAAGAGCAAGCACUACCAAGGCUCCAACUAUGGCCGAACCAUCGACUACGAUUACGUCGGCCGCACGAAGAGCGAUGUCGGUUUGUUCAUGAUCAGAAGCAACCACGAGAAGGCCUCCGGCGGUCCCUUCUUCCGAUCCCUCGUUCGCCGCGCCGAUCCCACUGGAGAGGACCUGUACGACAUCUAUUACUAUAACAUGGGUCACACCGACCCCAUGCGCACUGGUCUCCAGGGACCCUCCGUUAUCUCUUUCACCAACGGCGAGGCCCCCAAUAGCAAUCUCUUCGCCCGCAAGGCCGACUGGUCCUGGUUCGAUGACCUCGGUCUGGACGGUUGGGUCCCGGCUUCCGGCCGUGGUUAUGCCAGUGGUGUUGGCCUGGCCAACAUGAAGAGCGGCAAGACGUACGUCGUUGGCCUUAGCAACUCCAACGCUCAAUACUGGGGCACAGCCGAUUCUGGUGGCGCCUGGUCUAUCACAAAGGUCAUUCCUGGCACCUACACCUUGACCGUUUACAAGGACGAGCUCGAGGUCGCCACUUCAUCUGUGACCAUUACUGCUGGCAAGGGCACCGCUGUGAACACAAUCACUUGUGUUGACCCUGAAGAUGAUGCUACUAUCUGGCGUAUCGGCGAGUGGGACGGAACCCCCAAGGGCUUCCUCAACUUUGAGGAUACCCCGGUAAAGCUUACAUACAUGCAUCCCUCCGACACCCGCAUUUCAACUUGGAACGCUGGAAACUUCAUUGUGGGCACACACUCGGCCAACCGCUUUCCGGGUUACAUGUGGAAGGAGGUCAACAGCGGCUACAUCAUCUACUUCAAGCUCACUACCGCACAACUCGCAGCUGGUCACACUGUUCGCAUUGGUAUCACGGAAGGCUACAUUGGCGGUCGGCCCUCCAUCAAUGUCAACUCUUGGGCCUCUGCCCUCCCUGCCGCCACCAACCAGGCCAGCACCCGAUCUCUCACUGUCGGAACAUGGCGCGGCAACAAUGUGAAGUUGACUUAUGCUGUGCCUCAAACCGCUUGGAUCCAGAGCACAAGCGAGUGGCAGGUUCUCACUAUCAACGUGUAUGUCCACCCGUACUCCGACUAA